GGGGAGAGUGAUCAAUGAGUAAAAGGGUCUUCCAAUGCACAGCGACCAGCUCCCUGUACUUAGUUCCGCAUGACGUCAGCGGUGCCUUUAUAGCCUGCCCCUCUCAGUCGCUCAGCUCUGUGCUUGGGUAUGCACAGGUGAAUGCACUUCAACUUUUGGACGUAUUUUGACAAAAUCAUAUGGAAUGCUAUGUUUUUUUUAUUUUAUUUAUCUGAUAAAAUAUGUUUUGUUUCGUCGGCUGAUAAAAAUAAUGAUUCAACGCUUCUGUUGGUAAAAUGUUGUCAGACUAUAGUAAUUGUUGCGGUUGAAAUGAUAAUGACGGCAAUAACAGCGUGCUGGUUGAUGAAUGUCGGGAAGAACGCCUGUAACAAAAGUUCGAAGUAUUUUUGCUCGCGAGAACAUUUAUAUAAACAUACCAACGACCGCUAAUAGACUGGUUGAACAUACCGGGACAUAUAGAAAGACACAAUACAUGGACAUUCCCAAUACGUGGAGAUUCUCCUUUCUCACGUUAUCAACUGUACCGUGCACGAAUGGGAUUUUGACAAUCUUUGGACCGGAUUGUCAGCUAGACGAGGUUCCACAUUCUGGACUUUUUUUGUAAUUAUCCUGAAUGCGCAUUCAUUGAUGUUUUAUAGCGUUUUGUUACAUUUCAUCGUAUAAUUGUCUGAAUAUAGCCUAAACAGCUACUGAGAAUCAACAGGUUUUCAACAAUCCGAUUAAAGGACCUCUGAGAACAUUAUGAACAGUAUGAACAUGUUUUCUGACUUGGCUGAAUUGAAUUACAGCUUUAACGUGAGUGACGGGGAUUCCUUUCUGGACCACUGGAACGAUAUUCCAACCACACAGACACUCUCUCGUGCGGGAUUCAUCGUCCUUUCAGUGAUAUUGGGUUUUAUAAUGAUCUUUGGGUUUCUCAACAACUUUGUAGUGUUAAUCCUUUUCUGUAAAUUCAAGACGUUACGGACUCCUGUGAAUAUCCUCCUCUUGAAUAUCAGCGUUAGUGACAUGUUGGUUUGUCUAUGCGGGACUACACUCAGCUUUGCAUCCAGUAUCAGGGGAAGAUGGUUUCUCGGGAAACGCGGUUGUAGUUGGUACGGCUUCAUCAACUCGUGUUUUGGCAUUGUGUCAUUGAUAUCACUGGUGGUGCUCUCCUACGACCGCUACAGCACAUUGACAGUCUACCACAAGCGGGGGCCCAACUACCGCAGGCCGCUGCUGGCUGUUGGAGGAAUCUGGCUCUACUCUCUCUUCUGGACAGUGCCUCCUUUACUCGGGUGGAGUAGUUAUGGUCUUGAGGGAGCAGGAACCAGCUGUUCUGUGUCAUGGACGCUACGUACAACAGCGUCGCAUUCCUACAUCAUAUGCCUGUUCAUUUUCUGCCUCGGACUGCCUGUGUUGAUCAUGGUGUACUGCUACAGUAGGCUGCUGCAUGCUGUCAAGCAGGUGGGGAAAAUCCGAAAGAAUGCCGCCCGGAAGCGGGAGUACCACGUGCUCUUCCUGGUGUUAACCACGGUGGUGUGCUAUAUGCUGUGCUGGAUGCCCUAUGGAGUGGUGGCCAUGAUGGCUACGUUUGGCCGACCUGGCAUCAUCACACCCAUUGCUAGUGUGGUGCCCUCACUCCUGGCAAAGUCCAGCACCGUUAUCAACCCUCUCAUCUAUAUACUCAUGAACAAGCAGUUCAAAAGGUGUUUUCUUAUCCUGAUUGGCUGCAAACGAACACAGAUGGAAAACGGCCUCUCGUCCAUGCCCUCCAAGACCACGGCCAUCCACCUCAACCGCCGUAUGUACAGCAAGACGGCGCCACAGCUCUCCAUUCCGCAGGUUUCCUCCAGCCUGCCCAUUCACGGCUUCAGCACUCCGAUAACGGACCGGAGCAACCCGCCCAAUGUCACUUCCUGAAAGUCGUUGCACUCGUGUCAUAAGGGUGGUGCUGUUGAGUGUUGAAUAGCGCUACAAGACUGUACAACUGUACAAAAAGGCCUAUGAAUUCCCGUCUGAAGUACCAGAAGCACUCAUGCAGCAUUCCAUGACAGCUCUCAUAACUAAGGUGGCUCAUUGUACAGUCAUCUCCAAACCAAACAACUUGAAGAUUGAGGGUAGUGAUUUGGUGGUGAUGGGCUAAUUGGUGGUGGUAUUCCAAUAAUACAAGCUGCUGCUGGAACUAUGCGCAACCAUCACCAUGCUUCAUCACUGGCAUCCACCUGCUCCGUUGAGGGGCCCUUCAACUGUUGAUCGCGACCCACAUGGUGCCAAGAUGAAGGGGUCGUGGGAUUCGAGGAGAAUGAAGAGUAGCAUGUUUUUGUGUAUGUGAGAUGUCAUCCAAAAGACAAGUCUUUCUCAUGUCUAUUUGCAGUGUGUGUGUUUACGGCGUGUAAUUUUUUUUGGAGAUUACAAAAUAGAAGCUCUAGCAAUGCAAUGCAUGCUCGUGUCAGUGUUUCCGUUAGUCGGUAAUUACCGUUUUUUUUUGCCUGAUAAAAUUGACAAAUAAACGAUAAAUUAAAAACUUGCAGGUCAAAAUAGUUAUAAUGCUCAUACAAAACAACAGCAUAUUUUUAUACAGAACAUUUGUGUUUUAACUACGUUUAAAGCGUAUCUUGUUGUAGCCUAUAUGUUAUUGAGUUAUUGAUUACUGUAAUGUGAAAUGCGACCGCUUCAUACUCAGUGUCACGUUUCAUUCUUUGUGAGGCUUCAGUAUGAGCUCCGCCCUCCAAAGCCUUCACCACGUCCUCAGUGGCAAUGAAGAGAAAAUGUGAUUUUGAUUGUCAGACACAUGAUGGCGAUUAGCUAAUCAAAUUGUUUUAUAAAUGUAUAUAUAUGAGGAAGGCGUAAUCUAUAGAAAACAUCAGCGGCCAAAGUCUUCUCUGGGUUUGUUUGAUUUAACGCACAUGACGGUAAAUGGCAGCAGUGCUAAGUAGGCCUUGAUUCACUUCACAGGGGCAGAUCUUAUUUCCCAAACCACGUUUUGCUGACAAAUAAACGAUUUAUAGGAUUUAACCCGUCUCAUAGCGCCACUGCUUUGACAAUAAUCUUGAGUAGUUGUAGGAAAGUUGUAAGAAAUAAAGUUUCACAAUGACCUAGUUACCAGCAGUAAACAAUGCAUUUCUGUGGUCUUAUAUAGCUUUUAAACACACACUUUUUCACACGAAAAGGACCACCGAAAUUACAUCCUGGUAGCAGAUUUGAGGACGCUGUCAUUCGUUUGUCAGCCUAGGUGUACAUUAUAUAAGCUACAUUAUAUUUGAGUUUUUCAAACAUCUGCUGGUAAGUUUCAAAUUUGUCUGGCAAAAUCUGGCAAAAUCAGACACUGGACUGGCAAGAAACAAAUCCUAGCGGAAACCCUGGUAUGUGUGUGAUUUUGUGCCGGUGAGUGUGUAUGAGAGAGAGUAUGUGUGUCCGUAUGUCUGUGUGUAUGCAUCUUUGCUUUUUAUGGGCGUAAUCUGUUGACAAACCACUUGUCAUGUAUCUUUUCCCAAUGUGUGCUAAUGUGUUGGCUUCCGGUGUGCAUACCAGCCGACUUUCUUCACGAGUCUUAUGUUUUCUCUUUAUCAGGCAAGCACACUCUUGUAUGUAUUGUUCCUAUGCCAGUUUGUCAAUGCUUGAUUUUUCUCUCUGUUCCUCCUGCUUGCUCUGUGGAGUAAUACGUUGUAUCAAACGCUCUAUGUUGUUCUUUACUGUGAAGAUGAGAUUGUUCCUGAUUUGAAACAAGUGCAAUAAGUUGAGCUGACUUUUAGUUUUAGAUACUGGAAAUGCUUUGGUUCUGUCAGAAGAAAAGAAAAGAAAGGAAGAAAAAUUGUGACUCGUCAGGAAAUGUCAGUGUUCGCUGUAACGAACACACUCUUUCCUUGCUCCAUGUCCUAUUGCAAAACCUGUAUAAAGAACAAUGCCAAACAGGACAAAAAGGCUUCAGUUGCUGAGUCAAUGUGUACAUUGUACAUUUUCUGUUGUGGUGUGUUUUUAAUGCUUAACAGUCAGUGACGGACAUAUAAAGACACACACAAUCACACAAGGUCGUUGAGGAGUGGAGCCAGUCAGGUGGGUCAUGGGCAAAAUCACAUGGUUUUCUGGGUGCCCAACAAAUCAGGUCUGCAUAUCUCUGUCUCCCUGUCUUGUCUGUCUGCCUGUCUGUCUGUCUCUCUCUCACAAAGCCACAUACACUGAUUAUCAAGCUCAAGGGGAAAUGUAGAGAAAAUCAGCACAGGGCAGAAUGACUUCCCCUUAUUUAACAUUCCAUGUCCAAACACAGACACAGACACAGACACAGACGCACGCACGCACGCACGCACGCACGCACGCACGCACGCACACACACACACAAACAGAAACAGAAAAUGUCAGCACCAAAUAACAGUCUUUAAAGUGCAGAUAAUUGUGAGAUGACAGCAUCUUCUGUCCCCAUUAAGAACUAACCACAGGCUUUGCUGUGACAUGAGGAUAAAAACAUUUGAUUAUGUACAUGAAAAGACACACAUACAGACACACAUACAAAAGAAGGACCCAACAGUCCACAACCCUGGCACUCCAGAACACAGAGUGCUUUAUUUCCUCUGGUGUAUGUGGUCAGGACACCAAUAUGUUUGGCCUUCCAUUAGCUACACAAUUAUGUUGUCAUGUGAACAAAUCCACCCCAUACACAAAGCAUCUAGUUUACAGCACAGGCUCUGUCUGGCAAGUGAACGUCUAUGAACGUCAGAUCAUACCUGGCAUUAGAAUACGCCCACACGAGUGACCACUUGUGAACGUAUCUCAGUCCCCCGCUUUAUCCCCCCGUAUAAACACGAAUAAUUUCCGUUAAGAAAGACCAAAUGCAUUGUUGUAUUUAACAAGUGGGAGGCAGCAGUGCACUUCCUGUGCCUAGCCUGCCGGUAAUUAAACGAAGAAGAAAAAAAAUUUA